CUGUGAGCGGGACUCUCACAGCUGAGCGCCGAAUAAAAAAAAAAGUGCUGAGGCUAACUUUGUCAAGAAUCUGCGCGUUAUUUCGGAGAAAAUGGCCUUCGAGAUGGAAGCGGAUCUACCACCUAGUCUCGCAUGUCUGAAAAAUGUCGAUGCGCUGCUUCGGUGUCCUAUUUGCUUCGACUUUCUCAAUAUUUCAAUGAUGACAAAAUGCUCACACAAUUUUUGUUCUUUGUGCAUCCGGAAAUUUCUUUCCUAUAAGCUCCAGUGUCCAGUUUGCAAUACACAAAUGACAGAAGCAGAUCUGAGGAACAACCGUUUGUUGGAUGACUUGGUCACAAACUUUCAAUCUGCAAGGGAACAGUUGUUAAAAGCACAAUUUGACUCUCCUCCAAUAUCUCCGAAGACCCCUGCUUCAGCCGUUAAAUGCAAAACUCCGAAGGAGAGGGGCAAAAAGUGUAACAACUCUGUGCUGAGCCAAUUUUUCCAAAAGAAGCCUAAAACACCUCCCAGCAAAGAAACCCAGCGCAAUGGUUCCAUCUCUGAGUGCGUUCAGGAGGGGAAAAGAUGGACUGCAGGAAUCCACAAUGAUACUGACCUAUAUUCAGGAAAAGCUGAGCUUUUAGUGGUUGUGAAAGAAGAACCCAUAGAUAUGGACGAUGCGUCUACUCAGGGUUCGACGUCACUCAGACUUGAGCCCACGGCCUUUCCAAGUAUUAGCGCUGAAAAUGGGAUGGCACAUUCUUUAACACCUUCAAAAGACAUUAAGCCCAUAAUCAAAGUGGAGUGCCCUGUGUGUUCUGUAAGUGUUUCCCAGCAUUUUAUCAACAAACAUCUGGACACGUGUCUUACCAGUGGCGACAAGAAGGAAAGCUUGAGGAGCCAGAACAGGCGUCCAAUGCCGAAGUUGGUGUACAACCUGCUUUCAGUGCAGGAGCUCAAGAGGAGGCUGAAGGAAUGCCAUCUGUCAUUGCAGGGAUCUCGAGACCAGCUGAUCAAAAGACACCAAGAUUUUGCCUACUUAUACAAUGCCCAGUGUGACUCUCUAAACCCGAAAUCAGCUGAGGAAAUUGCCAAAGAGGUCGAGGCCAAUGAGAAGAUGAGAAAUCAGUUGCAGGGGAAGGCCAAGCCAGUCAUGGCUUUCUCAAAGAAUCAGUCUGAGAAAGAGAUCGAAGACAUGCAUUCAAAUUACAGGAAGCAGCACAGCAGUGACUUUUCCCGGCUAAUAGCUCAGGUCCGCGGCCGCAUGGAGACCACCAGACAACCUCGUGUAAAACAGGAAGUCAGUGAGGAGAACAAGGACGUACAAAAAACGCACUCUGCAGAUCAAGGUGCACAAAUAAAAAGCUGCACAGAGGUGAAGGUUGAACAUGAAGCUGAAGACGAGGAAUCAGCAGGAGUAAUCGAGUUGCCGUCCAGCCCCACCUAUAGUGAUGUGUCCGUCAGCAGUUCUAUUUCUGACAUCUUUGGUCCAGAACCUGCCAGAAAAGAUGUAGAGAGGACCCCAGGCCGAAAGCGAACAUCCCACUCCACAGAAGACAAUGCCACUUUAUCGCCUGUUUUGGGAAAGCGACGGCGAAAAACGUAAGAAGAGACGAAGGAAAGGAAAGGCGGGAAAAAAAUCUAAAGAAAAUCCCACGCCUUCUGUAUCAGCUAACUUUGAAGGACAUGCACAUUCCUUUUAAACAUUUCUUUGUACCCUGAUUAAGUUGCACUGGUAAUUUCAUGUUUACAAAUCUUUAGUCUUUUUUACAAUUUUGUCUUUUGCAAUACUCUGGUCAAUGUCCCAUUUCUGUUGUUGCUACUUGUUUGUGUUUUGACUCGAAUCCCUAGUUUGUAUUAUUGCAUGUUUUGCUACAUGAUUUUAAGAGCAAUAAACUAGUAGAAACAUUCAAUAUUUUGACACAGGAAUACUUUAUAUUUUACAUCAUGUACUGCCUUAAUGCUUUGUGGUAUAAAUUCAAUGUGGUGCUGAAAACAUUCCUCAGAGAUUUUGGUCCAUGUUGACAUCGUGGCAUCACACAGAUGUUGCAGAUUUGUCCAUUUUGUUGAUUUCCCAUUCCAUCGCAUCCCAAAAGUGGUCUAUUCAAGGCUACAGUGAUCCUAUUGUCAUGUUCAAGAAACCAAUUUUAUGAUAAAUUGAGCUUUGUAACAUGGUGCGCUAUCCUGAUAGAAGUGGCCGCCAUAACUUUUGUACAGCCAAGGUGUGCCAGGAAAAUAUCCCCCACAUCAUUACGUUAUCACCUUCACCAGCCUGAACUGUUAAUAAAAGGCAGGAUGCAUCACUGUUUUCAUGUUUACACCAAAUUCUGACUCUACCAUCUGUAUUUUGCAGCAAAAGUUGAGAAUUUUCAGAUCAGGCAAGGUUUUCCUAAGCAGCUGUCAUGAGCCUGUGUGAAUUGUAGUCUCUUUCCUGUGCUUAGCUGACAGGAGUAGUACCUGGGUGUGUUCUUCUG